AUGGAGCGGAAGGGGCGGAAGAAGGACGAAGCGGGCCUUCUGACGAGGACUCUCGCCGCCGUCGCAUUUGCCGUGUUCUUGCUCGCCUUUGUGUGCUCCGCCUACGAGAUCACCUUCUCGCACGUCUUCCACACGAUCGACGUGAUUCUCGAAGAGUCGGACACUUACAAAUCCACGAAAGAGUGGCUCGGCUCCUCGUGGGACGCCACGUGGCAAGAAGUGGCCAUUCCGUCGCGAAAAGCCGAGCAUAUUCAGGUACACAUGUCGGUUUUUCGGUUUUUUCUGGAAAAAAAAACAGAAAAACAUUGUCUCGAUAAUCUUCCGAAUCUGAAACCGAUUUUUAGAGAAAUUUCACGAAAAACUAGAAAAAUUUAGAGAACAACUGUAAUUUCUUGCAGGCGAUAAACCCGGAAGUGGAUGUGGCGGCCGGCGGAAAGCACGUCUUCACUCGCGAACAAUUGCAUUUCUUUGACGGAACACGCGACUCGAAGUGAGCAUUUUCGACUGGAAAAUGUCAAAUUUCCUAUCAAACCGCAUUCAAAUCGGGCAAAAGUCCGCGUUUUUUCAGCUCUAGAACAUGUAAAAAUAGAUUGAAUCUGAAAAAGAAGUUGCCUCAUUGCCCCCAGAAAGUACAGCUCAUUGCAGACCGAUUUACCUGGCGAUUCUGGGUCGAGUGUACAAUGUGGACGGGAAGAAGGAGUACUACGGACCCGGCAAGUCGUACCAUCACUUUGCCGGACGGGACGCCACGCGGGCAUUCACGACUGGUGACUUCACGGAAAACGGACUCGUCGCCAGCACGCACGGACUCUCCCACGACGAGUUGCUCUGUCAGUCGCGUUUUUGGGCCUAACAAUAGAGAAAAUCUAUACAAAACGGUUUUUUUCUGCAAUUUUUGCUCGAGACACGGACAAUUGAUCUUUUGAAGUGUUGGAUAGCUCUGGGUGCCCUUUUUCUCUGUUUCGAGCUGAAUGUUGCAAACAUUUGAAAGAAAACCCAGGGAAUUUACGCAAACAUUUGCAGCGAUCCGUGACUGGGUGUCGUUCUACGAGAAAGAGUACCCGUUGGUGGGCGUCGUCGCCGAUCUCUACUACGAUUCGGACGGUCAACCGACGGCCGAACUGACGGACGUGCUCGCGCGCGUCGAAAAGGCCAACGAAUACCGGAAGGCGCAGGCGGUCGAGAUCGAGGUGUUUCCGCCGUGCAACAGCGAGUACAAUCAGAACGGAGGACGCGUCUGGUGCUCCACGAAGAGCGGCGGCGUCGAGCGACAGUGGGCCGGCGUGCCGAGGUUUGAGACGGGCGGAAGACGUGGCAAAAUGCGGGGGCUCUUGCAGAAAACUCAUCGAGCCGACGACGAAAAAGUAUCGUUGCGCGUGUGUGAAAAACUUCGGACCCGGAGUGUCGGGAGCCGAAGAGGUGAAGGCGUCGACGAAUCGAGGAGACCUUGAUCACCCCGAUUUGAAGGUGAGUACUCGGCAUUUCUGGAAUCUAGACAAAAAAUCGAUAAUUACAGCUGUAUCCGGAUUGCUCUCCGACGUCGAACAGCUGCAAAAUUGUCUCGUAA